AUGAAGUUGAAUAAUUUCCUCCCCUUCUUUGCCUUGGCAGGUAGCGCCCUCGCUACGCCUAAGCAGGAAACCAUCGAGGUCGAUGUCGCCAUUGUCGGCGGUGGCGCAACUGGUGCUUACGCCGCAGUCAGGCUGCGAGAGGAUUACAAGAAGAAGGUCGUGGUGAUUGAGAAGGCCAACAGACUUGGCGGCCAUGUCCACGCUUACAAGCCAAAAGGCAGCUCGACACCAAUCAAUUAUGGUGUCCAGGCGUACCUUGACCGAAACACUACCAAAGCUUUCUUCAAGCGAUUCAAUGUCGGACUUGUCUCUCCCAAUCUGAUCAGCGCCGCCGAGGGGCUGCUCACCACCAAGGACAUUGAUUUCAGCACCGGUAAGAAGGUCGAUCCCGACUACGGCACUAUCAACUCCACUGUCGCCCUGGCCACAUAUGCUGCAUUGGCCAUCAAGUACCAACCCUGGUUCGAGAACGGCUACUUCAAGAAGGGAGAGGUCCCCGAAGAUCUCCUGCUUCCCUUUGGCGAGUUUCUUGAGAAGUACCAGCUUGGAAGUGCUCUUUCCGUCCUGCGAACUCUCAUCUGGCUUUCUGACGCAACGCACACCCCAACUUGGAAUGUCAUGGCAGUUGUUGGAGAGCCUCAGCUUGCGGCCUUCGGAUUUGGUCUAACCGGUCCUUCAUUCAAGUAUCCAUCCACAGGCUCUACCCUGUCACUCUACGACAACGUCUACAACCUGAUCAAGGAUGACGUUCUUCUUGAAAGCACCGUUGCCUGGAGCAAGCGAACUUCCCAGGGCUCAGAGCUCGUCGUGCAGACGCCAUCUGGCAAGAAGACCGUCAAGGCCAAGAAGGUCCUUUUCGCAGCAACUCCAUCCCCAGACAACGUCGGUACUUGGGAUCUCGAUGCCAAGGAGAAGUCGCUCUUCUCCAAGUUCUCUUGGGAGACGCUGUACGUCGGCGUCGUCGGCAAGACAGGCCUACCCAAGACCGUCGGCGGCAUCACCAACACCGCUGAUAACGCCACCAACUACUACCUUCCACGAGGUAACUUUGUCGAUGCCUACUCUCGCUCGGGUCAGCAGGACUUCUGGACAACUCGUGUCCUUGGCACGGCCAGCCUGACAGCUCAAAAGGCCAAGGACCUUAUCAAGCAGGUGUUCACCAACAUCGACAAGGCUGGAACUUACGAUGUGACCACGCCUGAUAUCCUUGCAUUUGCGUCUCAUGGCUUGACUGUUCCCAAGGUCUGUUCUCAGGAGCUUGAGGGUGGCUUUUACAACAAGAUUUAUGCUCUUCAGGGCCAGCGUAACACGUUCUGGACUGGUCUCACUUGGGCUCCUGACUACACUCCUAUUCUCUGGGACUUCACUGAGAAGCUGUUCCCCCAGAUCCUGGCUGGUCUUUGA